ACUCGUGGACGUUCCCCUUCGUCGCUUCAGCCAAACUCUCCUCCGUCCUCCGCUCGCCGUUCGCCUCUCGUCGCUCGUCGCUCGUCCAUCUCUUUUCGUCGCUCUUCACUCGUCGCUCGUCGUUCGUGGUCGCCAGCAUGGGUCUGGGCAGCGUGGACGCGGGGGUGCGCGUGGCGGUGGAGAAGGAGCUCGUGGCGGAGGUCGGCCCGCAUGGGCUCUCCUCCUUCUUCGUCACCACAUUCGUGCUCGCCGUGCACCUCACAAACUGGGCGCCGGACGUGAUUUGGAUCGGGCUGGCCGUGUUUUACGGCGGCGUGGGGCAGUUCGUGGCGGGCAUGUGGGAGUUCAAGCGCGGCAACGUCUUCGUCGCCACCUCCUACUCCUCCUACGGCUGCUACUGGAUGGGCGUCGCCAUGCUCAUGCUGCUCGACAAGCUCGGCCUCGCGCCCGCGGGGUUCGAUUCGAUGAAGGCGCUGGGGUGGUUUCUGUCGGCGUUUCUGGUGUUCAACACGUACAUGACGUUCCUGACGCUGCUGCUGUCCAAGGUGGCGUUCCUCACCUUCUUCCUCCUCGAGCUCUUCUUCGUCUUCCUCGUCAUCGGCUGCUUCCGCAACGACGCCCCCGGCCACGGCUGGACCGCCGCCUCCGGCUACGCGCUGCUCCUCACCUCCAUCGCAGCGCUCUACAUGUCGGCGGCCUCGAUGUUCAACACGCUUGCCAACCGCACCGUGCUGUGGGGCGGAUCGCCCCUCCUCACCCUCUCCAAGGCCGAAUAGACGCCGCCUUCUGUGCUCGCGCUUCGUCCAGCUGAGCUCGUGAUGGUAGUCGAGAUAGCAUCGGAGAAGAGGGGGGCGAGUUUUGGUACUUGCUUUUGUGUUGCCGGGGUCUCGCCAUUUUGGGGUGAGAUCCUCGGAACUUCCUGGCCAGUUGUUUGCGAUUUCUAGGUAGGUCGUCAUUGGUGGAAUCUUGACACGGUGGACUGGAUGCACGCGAGUUGCUCUGAUUGGCGAGAGGUUCACAAUACGUUUUCGCAAGGGGGGCAACCUGCCCUUUUCCGCUGGUCGUUAAAAAUUCUUUAGUAACACGUUUGCGAGAAGCCUAACCUUGAGGCGGGUACAUCGCCACAGAGUGACCUGACUCUACAUUCGUUUUUAAAAGGAUGUAUGAACAGCUUCAUUACGUC